ACCAUUUCAUCCUCUCCGCCGUCGAAGCGCUGCUUCCUCUCCACCCUCGACGUCGACGGCAUCUCUCCGUUCCUUGCCGUUGACGGCAUCUCUUUGUUCCUCGCCGUCAACAUCUCCUUGUGCGUGCCUUCUUCUAAAACCCUGACACAAACCUUCCUUGUGCUGCGAUUUGGAGCGAAAUCUCGUAUCAUCCUCUCAAACCCUUGUUCGAGUUCGACAGCGCUUCCUUGGAUUCCAGAAACGAGUUUAUUCAAAGCCUAAUUUUGAAGCUGCAAGUGUUGAUCUGAGUCCUUGUUUCGCUUAAGCAACAAAAGAAUUCAGCAGUACCGCGUGAUAAGCAGUGCAUCAACUUGGCUGUACCCUCGUUUCUUUGUUCUCGUGGCUGGACUUGGAGCUUGUAUAUUACAUUGAGGACAACACAUUUAGAAAGUGAUGGACAAAGAGUGGACUAAACUUCCAAGAUAUAGUUAUGAGUACAUUCAGGGUGUUCAUCGGUUUUUAGACUUUGCCUACACUAGUGGAAGACCUCAAGGAGAUGAGCUUUUAUGCCCUUGUGCUAAGUGUAAAAAUCUGUAUUGGAAGUUAGUCAAGCUGAAAUGUUUAUAGAGACUCGGCAAAGCCGAAAAGGAAAACAAGUAGAUGAGGAAACACAAAUUGUCAUUGAUAAGCUCCAAGACUCUAUCCAGAACUCAAGUGAAUCUGAAACUUUUAAGUCAUUGUUUGGGAAAGAAAAGCCUGGUAGAGUUCGUUGCUAUGGAAGAACCGCCACACCAUCCAUGAUAAAAAGAAAUGAAGAAAUGUCUAAUAUGCAAAAGCAACAUAGCAAUGAAAUGAAUAGCAUGAAGAGGGAGAUGGAUGGAUUGAAGUCACUUGUAAGGAAUAUGAUGAAGCAACAAAACCCAAAUUUGAGUGAAGAAGAGCUUGCUAAUAUGAUGGCAGCUGCUUUGGGAAGUGACAAUAGUGCUGCUCCACAUUCGUCUGCAUCAACCCAUAAUCCUCAUCUUGAUGAAGAGAAUGAGGAGGAAGAAGUUUUUCAGGAAGGUGUAGACGAACAAGAAGGAGGAAGAGACAUUGGAGAAGAAGAGGAAGAAGAAUAUGAUGAAUGAGUUGUUUAAAAAUGAUGAUUUAUGUUUUCUAUCUCUUGGAACCUAGCUUUGUUUUAAAAUUUUGAUGAAGACAUCUAGACAUAAAUAUAUUUUUGGAACUUAUUAGUUAAUGUUGACAACUUAAUGUAGACAUUACUUUUAAUGAAUGCAUAUUUUGAUAUGCUAGCUUUAUAAUU